CAGCAGCAGCCGCCAUGGCAGCCGGGGAUCUCGUCAAGGAGUUCUGCGAGGAGACGACUUGUUCCGUCUGCCUGGAAUAUUUCCGAGACCCGGUGAUGGUCGUCGACUGCGGGCACAGUUUCUGCCGCGCCUGCAUCACCCAGUACUGGGGGGACGCCGACCGAGCCCCCUCCUGCCCCCAGUGCCGAGAGACUUUCCCGCAAAGGCACCUCCGGCCGAACCGGCAGCUGGCCAAUUUUGUCGAGCUGGUCAAGAAGCUGGAGGAGGGGAGGAGGGCCAAGCAGAAGCGGGGGGCGUGCGAGACGCACGAGGAGCCCCUGAAGCUCUUCUGCAAGAGCGACGGGGCCCUCAUCUGCGUGGUGUGCGACAGAGCCAAGGAGCACCGCGAGCACGACGUCGUUCCCGUGGAAGAGGCUUUCCAGGAAUUAAUCAAGGCCCAGUGGAAAUCUCUGGAGAAAGAGAGAGAUCGCCUUGUGGAAUGGAAACUUGUCAAUGAGCAGCGAAGCCUUAAUUGUCUGGCAAAAUUAGGUGUGGAGAAGCAGAAGAUCAAGUCGAUCUUCCGCCAAAUGCAAACCUUUCUUGAAGAAAAGGAACAUGCCCGGCUGGCACAGCUUGAAGCUCUGGAAAACGAAACCAAGAAAUGGCAGGAAGAAAAUGUCCUCUGGCUCUCUGAGGACAUUUCCAGUCUUAAUCACCUGAUCAGUGAAAUGGAAGAGAAGUGCCAGCUCUCUGCAAAUGAAUUCCUUCAGGACAUCAGAAGUACCUUGAGCAGGUAUGAGAAGAAACAAGAGAGGAAUGCAGUGGAAUUCUCUCCUGGGCUGGAAGAGAGACUCAGAAUUUGCUGUCAGAAGAAUUCUGCUCUAGAAGAUGUUAUCGAAGUCUAUAAAGAGUUUCUGGAGGAAGCAAUGGACAAAGUGAAUGUGACUCUGGAUCCAGACACUGCCCAUCCUGAACUCCUUCUGCCUGAGGAACUGAAGAGUGUGAGUUUGGGAGACAGAAAACAGGACCUUCCCGACAACCCUGAAAGAUUUAACAUUAUUCCUUGUGUGUUGGGUUGUGAGAGGUUUACUUCAGGGAGACAUUGGUGGGAGGUGGAAGUCAAGAUGGAGGUGGAAGUGGCGGGGAAAACAGAGUGGACGUUGUGGGAUGUGGGAGUUGCCAGAGAGUCAGUUAGGAGGAAGGGGAUGUUCAGGUUCAGGCCCGAUGAAGGGGUCUGGGCCGUGGGGAAGCCAUUCAAUAAUCGAUUCUCACCCUGUCAGCUCUUGGCUUUCACUUCCUCUUCAAUUACCCCUUUGACACUGAAACGUGACCCCAGGAAGAUCCGGGUGUCCCUGCACUAUGAGGAAGGCCGGGUGGAAUUUUUUGAUGCUGACACAGAGGACGUCAUCUUCUCCUUCCCUUCUGCCUCAUUCUGUGGGGAGAAGAUCCGUCCCUUCUUCUGGGUGGGGUGGUUUGGAGUCACUUUGAAUUGCUCAGUCUAGAAGCCAGUCCCCCCUCCCCCACUUCAGCUACCUUGAAAGGGGGUGGUAGUAUCUUACAGCUGUAUGGAAACCAGGCAAGGGGCUACAGUCUUAGUGGCUUUCCUGCCGCACUUCUUUCUGAUUGCAGGGUUCCCGUCCUAUAGAGAAAGGGAGGCAGGACCCAAACAGCAUCUCUCUGGGCCCUGUAGAAGCUUCUAAGAUGAGCCCCCUCUGUGCUUAUCCUAUUUCAUACGUACAAUUCGAUGAGAAGAAAAAUGUCUAUUAUAUUUUGAUUUUUAAAUGUCAUGAAUAGACCCCCUUGUAACAAUGGACUGGCAACCCGGGUCAUCCCCGUAAAACAUAGCUUUCCCCUCUCCUUUGCUCCAGCAGUGGUCAGGGAUGGAAUAGAAUAAAUGCUCAGAAAUAUCAAGUGAAACUGGCAGGAGAAGACGCUCCCGUUCCUUGCAGAAGUAAUAGGUCAUUCUAACACACACACACCCAAUUAACAUAGAAGUAGGCUGUGCAAGGUCGGUAGUUCAGCAGUUCGAGACCCGAGUGUGCCGCAUGACGGAGUGAGCUCC